UAGUAGUGGAAAACUUUUCCAGUCUCCAAUAUAAGUUUUCCUAAUGGGGGAAAGGAAAUAAAGGAAUGGUGGCAGGGAGAGUUCCAGGAAAAGCUAUAAAUUACAAGGCUCCUAUUCUUUCCCAGAUCCUGACUUAACAGAAGGAAAGAAAUGUAAAAAUGUACUCAGCCAGAAGGGAAUGCCCACAUCCUUGUUUUUGUCCUCUGUUGGACAGCUCAGCCAACAUUAGCUUUUAUGAAACACAAUGGAUACAGCAAGCCACAGCCUGAUCCUCCUGCAACAACUCAACAUGCAGCGAGAAUUCGGCUUUCUUUGUGACUGCACAGUUGCAAUUGGAGAUGUCUACUUCAAAGCUCAUCGAGCUGUCCUGGCUGCUUUUUCCAACUAUUUUAAGAUGAUAUUCAUUCAUCAGACAAGGUAAGCCAGUGUCCUUUUUUGAAGAACAUUUAAGACUCAUGUUGACUUUUUGAUGGGAGCUUCAGAAAUAAUUGUUCUCAUGUGAUUUUUAGCAUUUUAUUUGCUGGC